AUGGAAAAUCAUGAACUCACAGAAGAAGAGAUCGAUGAAAUUCAGGAGAGUUUUUACGAGGUAAACUUGAGCUAUUAUCAACCCUGAGAGAGAGUUGUCUUACGCUAUUUUUUAUUAUUAUUAGUGAUAAGUUAAGCCAAGAACUUCAGAGCAAUAACUACUUUUUGCCCAUCAUAGCCUAGCAUAAUUUUUUUUAUCUGAAUUGAUAUCUUAUGAGCGUUAACUGCUUACAUUUUUUUCUGAAAAUUAAGCAAGAUACUCCUAUUAAGUGUAACUAGCCUUUACUCUUUUCAAUAUCUGCGAUUAUCGUUGUUUUAUUUGUUUUAACAGUUUGACUUGGAUGGCAGCAAUCACAUCACUUGCGACGAAAUUGGACAGGUUAUGAAAGCUUUAGGAGAAGACAUUCCUGGAUAUCAAUUACGCAAAAUAAUAGAAGAAGUCGACAAAAAUAAAAAUGGAAGUAUUGAGUUUAAGGAGUUUUUGGAGGUGAGUUGUAGAAGUUAUAAGUCAACUAGACAAUGAUCAUAAAUGGGAAUUCUUACAUACCUCUGUCCUGAUUCAGGAACAGAUGAGAUCAAGUAACUAAUGUAAUUUUGAAAAUUAAGAACACCUUCGAAUUUAUUAAAAUAAUUUUAACACUUCUUGAAUCCACCUUCAUAACUGUAUGCAAAUUAUUCUAAUGAGCACCUGCUUGCACUCUAACUAUUGGAAACAGGUGAAACUGAGACUAUAAUACAAUUUGCGCUUUUAUAUUUACCCAGUAUUACCGGCUAAUUUGCGAAUGGUUUGAAAUCAUUGAAUGAAUCAUGUCACUGCAUAUAACUGAAACCUUUGCGAGUUCUUGUAUUGAGCAAAGGAUAGGCUUUCUGUUUGUGAACUGAUCUGACCUGUAAUUAAUUGCAACAGAAGCUUUCUCUUCGCCAGUCUUUAGUCUACUAAGAUAAAAAGCUUAAAGUUACUUCAAAAGAUCCAAAGGAAUCCAAGUAUGGGAAUAUAAAGGUAUUUAACCCCAUUUACAACGGGUUUUUUUGGUCCCCUAGCCGCUCUUUUUUUGGUCCCUUUAUAGCUUUAACAGAAUUUAGGCUGCCAUAGCGCAACUUGUGGGAUAAAAAGAAAUCCGUAGGUCUGCAAAUCGAAGUAGGUCACAUGGUAUUAUGACGUCAAAAACGUGGCAAUAGAGGCAAACGUAACAUGCUAUUUUGGCUGAUUGUCUGAAAGUUUUAAACGUUUUUCAGUUGGGUGAAAGAUAGUCGAAACCAAAAAACACUACCAGAAAGGUCUGCGACCCUCCAAAUCAGUGUUUCAAAUGUAUUUUGCUCUUAAGAGAGCGUGAUAACUGAAGCUCUAAUCAACUUUACAUUUGACUUUUCCUUGACAUUUGUCUCGUCCAAAACCGGCGGUCUGAAGUGUUUCUAUUUAAUUCUGGCUUGAGAAAAGAUACAGCUGUUCCAACUUUUCUUGCUGUUUACCGUUAUUAGGUUAUUUAUUCGAAGACAUUUCGUUAUAUCUACCCAAAACGCCCAUAACCGAGUUCUUGCUGUGUUGACAUUGUGCAUUAAAAAGUUAAUAGUUUUGAAAUCAAUAUAGAACUGAAUCAAGAUAGAUUUCAUUUGUCGACCGAAAUGGUUAAUCUCAUUAACUAGCGAACACGGCAAUCUAAUUACCAAAAUAGCGCGUGAUUGUCUUGAUUCUGAUUAAACAUAGUAAAUGCAACAAGUGCAAUGAAAACAUGAUAAAUAAAUAAAGACAAGAAAAAUUGGUUAAACCAUAGGUUGAAGAGUCUUUCACCGGUGGGGGAAGGGGGCCGGUGGUGACUUCCGCCCGGUAUAAAAGGUACGGGGAUGCCGGUCGGAAAAUCAGAAUUAAAGCCCUAACCACCAAGGGAGUGGCUCAGGCUUACUUGAACCCCCCAAAAUUUAUGAACGUUUUCUUUCAGAUCUACAAACAAAACAGCAGUAAGUUAAAAGCAGGCUCAGAAUUUAAAAAGCUUAUCAGUAAGAAAACAAACCUGGUGGAAAAUUCUGAGGGGUCUUCUGAAAGUUCAAAGCAUUCCUACCAGGAAGCAGAGAGAGAGGCUUUUGUGGAGUGGAUAAAUACUGCAUUGAAAGAUGACAAGGAAACAAAGCCUUACCUACCUAUUAACCCAACAGAUGAAAAGGAAGUAUUUGAAAAGAUCAAGGAUGGCAUAAUUUUAUGGUGAGUUCUGAGGAACUUUAAAUCAGCAUAAUACCCAGGAGGGUGACAAUAACGCCACAUAGCAGAGGAGGCCGUAGAUUCAAUAGCUACGCAGGCUAUGGUCUUUAACGCAAUCGUCCUUUAAGAUAUCAUGCACCGCUCCUUUGCGUAGCGACAAAGAGGAAGGUUGCGCCAGAAACCAUUCGGCCUGGCCAACUUCCCGGUGGGAUACUCCCUAUGAUGGCAUACAGGGGAAGGCUCCGCCUCGAUGAAGUACCCCUUUGUCAGACUUCAGGUAUAUGGAAGAGUAGGGAUUUCACUAGCUGAGGCAUGUGAAAUGGAAGGUAAAACAUAAUUUCGGCCGUAAAAAGGCCCAGUAGGUCUAAACGUUGCAUUUUAUGGCUGUGAAAAAAGUCUAGAAAACGUUCUGGUUUUGUAGUUUAUUCAUAUUUUAAAAACAGUAAACCUACAGUAGUUAAAAGGGAUGCAAUUAACUAGGUAAUCUAAAGGGGUAACAUUUAUCAAGUGGAGGAAAUCGACUGAAGGGGUAUCCUUUUUUGUCAAAAAUGGUAUAUAAAAGGAUAAGGGGUUUGGACCUCGGGGCAAGCCUCUCUGUAUAAAACUUUGUUGAGUACCCCCUCGCCCGCCCCUCGCCGGAGGCCGCCUUCUAGUGCAGGGAGAAACUGAGGAAGUAAGAGGCGCCUACACGAAGUAUCUGUAAACUGUUUUGAUUUGGCUUAAUUUUCAUUUUUUGUAGCAAAAUGAUUAAUUUAACGGUGCCUAAUACGAUAGACGAACGUGCCGUCAACAAGCCACAGAAUGCAAACACCAUGCUUAUCAAAGAAAAGAUGAGUGGAGCGCUAAAGAACGUGCUUAUCAAAGAAAAUUUGGAACUGGCGCUAAAUUCUGCCCGUGCUAUUGGAUGUAACAUUGUCAAUAUUGGAGCAGAAGACAUUGAGAAGGCCAAGCCUCAUUUGGUUUUUGGAGUCAUGUGGCAGAUCAUCAGAGUAAGUGUUGCUUUGAUUGUUUAGCGUUUAGCCUGUUUCAAACGUUGUGCUACUGCGUGUCAAGCUCAAUUGAUCGACUUAAAUUCAACUUUAGCAGGGCUGAGGUACGACGCCUGAAACCAAGUCGUGCUACUGCCAUGUAGCACGGCAACUGAGCUUUCAUAGAUUAUAUAUAUGUUAAAAACGAAGUUCACUAUACCGCUUUUUAUUUUAAAGUUUCGUUUUUAGUAUGCGGCAAUAGCUAUUUUAUCCGACUGAUUUAAAUCUGACGUCUGAAGUCGUUCUACAGUUGUGCUAAAGUCCAGUAAGCUUAAAACGUCAGUAGCACGAAGUUUGAAAUAGGCCUUAUAGAAGCCUGUUCACAGACCUUCUGAGACUGUGGGUCGCACGUACUGAACUGAAACGGGGAUUUCUUUACCACUGGCGCAAGGGGGUUAGUCGAAAAAAAAAAGAAGAAGCUAUUGACUGGUUUUAUUAGUACCCGCCAAAUCACAAAUUUUCACAAACCUCAGUUGUCAGUUUUUGUUUUGGAAGAAAGCUCCAUUUAUCCGCCAAUUGUGAUUUAUUCAAAUACUUUGGGACAUUUUUGACAUUGACACUGUGGCUCUCUUACUGCAUGAUACACUCAAGAACAAAUGACUUUAAAAUCCUAAAAAUUUCUAACAUGAGCUUCUAAAACGCUCGUGAAAGUAAAAACUCAUAAAAGUACAAACUGAGAACAAUUCGCUCAAGUGUACUGAUUGUAAUGAAUUAUUUUUUUCACAGCCUUUCCAAAAUAGCCGCAGCACACAACUCUCUCCGCCGUAGAUGCUCCCGCUGGGUAACCCAAUGAAAAUACCAAUAAUCGAAAACUAGAAAGCGAGGGGAACGAUGGGAAGGGGAAAAGGCUUUCUCUCCUCCCCCUCCCAUCGUCCCUCUCGUGCUUUCUUUUUUCCUUCUCCCCUGCCUCCCUACCACACAAAGAGACCUCUGAGGAGUAGAAAGACCACACAAUCAAAGUCGAUAUUUGCCACCUAUUGGGGCUUGAAGCAGUCUCAGCAAAGAUGCUGAAUACUGUACCACUAAAUAAAAUUAAAAAAUGACCAAUACGUUUGACCUUACACGGUGAACCAACUUGGACACUUUUUCUCUAGCUACUAGAGCUACUAGUUUCCGAAAACACUAUUUGACCUAUUUUGUAGAUUGGUUUGUUUUCCAACAUUACCUCCAAGACGACAUCUGACGAGGCACUGGGCGAAAGCAUCCACGAAAGACUGCCACAUCUCCUGGAAAAUGAUGAAACUAUUGAAGACCUUUCUCCAGAGGAGUUUCUAUUACGAUGGUUUAACUAUCAUUUGAAAGAGGAAGGGCACAUGCGUAGGGUGACAAAUUUCAAUGAGGACAUCAAGGUAUCAGAAAAUGAUAUAUUCGGGAACAAAGAGAGCAUCUGACCCUCCGAAUUGAUUCGAACCCAGGGGGAUACUCGCUUAUCAAAGCUACGUAGGCAUAAGCGUCUCCAAAACAUAUUAGUUUUCUUAGCCCUUUUGGUCUAAAACAGUAUAUAGUUUUUACUAGAAUACCAGUGAGCCUACAUUUUCUUCAGGGGUGGAGGAACGCCAGGUCCAGAAAUACGCGAACGAUUUUUAAAAAUCCCAGAAGUUCCCUCACUCGUGAAAAAGGGAUAAUAUGAGGAAAGUACUUUGGUUUGUAAAUCAUUCAUUCAGUGGUUUUUUAAACAGAGUUAUAUGAUCGAAAUGAAGUGAAAGGAAUCGUUAAUCGGGAAAAAGCGAACCCAUUUGGGAAAACAAAACAAGUUUGUGUCAACUAGUGUAUUUUGUUUCUGAUUAUAGAUUCUGAGAAAGAACGUUUUCGAGCGCAUACUGUCAUUGACAUAUGGCAUUCUGACUUGUCAAGCUUAUGAUAUGGUUGUUUAUUUUCUAUUCAGGAUUCAGAGUGCUACACUUACCUUUUGUGGCGAAUUUCACGAAUUUCAGGAAUUGAACACGAGCCAGUCGCUGGUAUUUUGCAAGUGAGUCAGAAAUAGAAUGAGCAAAUCUUCAAGUGAAUUGUGUCAAGAAAUCAAGCCAAAUUCAGGCAAUAAGAAAUGCCCCCAUUGAAUUUAGCGAAGCUCAAAAAUAGCCACCUGAAACAUUGAAGGGAGGUUUACAAAUACAAAAAAAAGGGUGGAUGGGCAAAUUGAUGGUUGCCAUCGGGGUGCGAGUGAAUGGAAAUACUAAAAUAGUGGAAUGGACACACAGCCAUGAUACAGCCAGCUUCUUUUUACACUGGAAUGACGAUUUUGAAUGUAUUUGUUGUCGAACUCGUUACACUUCUUUGAAAAGACUUGUGGAGUCCAAAUAUGAUAAGCUAUCGUAAAGUUUCCGAGAGUAUUUGGCCCUCUUUGCUUUUUGGAUGUGGUAGCCUUUUCCUAGUGCUACUUUGGGUAGCUGGAAUGAGUUCGGUACAUGAGCCACUUAAAGUUAUUUCUUAGUAUUGUAUUGCGCAUCUUUACUGCGCAUAACUUCACAGGUAAUUAGCCCGCGCAUACCAAAACAUGGGGGCUUUGCCUUAAGGCUGCAGCUCUCCACAGAGUUAAAUCUUCAUUUUCUCUCUAGAAAUUCAAUUACAUUUGCUUAAACAAAACUCUGUAAUAAGCAUCGGCCAAUGAUCCAGCUUGGUUGAAUUUGUCCUUGGUCACUAACACAACUGUUAUUCUUGCUACAGGAAAAAGAUCUUAAGAAAAGGGCUGAAAAAAUGUUACUAAUUGCAGACAGCAUCGGAUGCAAGAAGUUUGUGCGCCCCGCGGUAUGACGUUGAAAUGUUUAUUAAUUUAUUUUCAGAUUAGGUAUGCAUAACAAAUAUGUACAUACCACGUGCAAAGCAAUAGAAGUUGAAGUUCCCUGCAAGGUUUAACCGCCCCAAACCCCCAUAAGAGAAAAAGGAGAAAACUAUAUACCCAAUCGCCCAAUCUUAGCACCCCGAAAAGAGCACUCUUACUUUUAUGAAUAUACUUUUACCAUGUCUCCUACGGGAAGUUUUCCGUUACCUGAAAUCAGUAUAACGUACCUACAGUCCUCCAUCACGUCUAUAAAAGUCUACUGUAAACCCAUCAAUUGUCAAAAUAACAACAAAGGAAAUUUAUAGAAUAAGUCAAAUUUCGGUCCUAGCGGUUUUUACCCCGACUUAAAUCACUUUUUAUAGACUGAUUGACCGGAAAUUCUCAUUAGGUGACCUGGUUCAAAAGAUUUGCAUGGCUGUAACUAAAGUAGUUUGUCAUCACGAUGUGUCACUUCCUGCCAAUAACCACUGCAUAGAUCUAGAGUGGAGAAACAUUUGCAAAUAGCGAAGAGCGAUUUGAAGUGUUGCGUCCUUUAUGUGAAAGAUAAAAAGUGAGAUUUAUAACACAAAACGGAGAUGAUAUGUCUUUCCUCUAUACGGAGGGAAAUGGAAAUCAUUGGGGCUCGGGAUUAAAGGUCAACAUAUUUCCGCUUUCGAAAACGAAAGUGUAAUGGACAGCCAACGAUGUUUAAGACAGCCAACGAAGACUGUCAACUAUCAUUUAUCGUCCUCUUUGAUCCAAGUUUAAUGUUUAAAUACGUCUUCUGGCUGUCCCCCGCGUUCUAAAAUUUUACAGUUGGUGAAACUGAAUUUACAGCUGUCGCAACACUUCCACUAACAUCCAUAAUCAUGAAACAUGUCAAUUCGAGGAUUUGAUGAAUUAUAAUGGAUUAGUUCUUAAGGUGUUAUCAUUUAUGAUAUAUAAUGGUAAUUGAACUGAGUAGUGCAAUUUGGUCUGAAAUUAUACGCGAUUUGAGAAAACAAGUAUUAUUUCAGACAAAAAUUGCACCACUUAAGUUUAACUACCACUUAAUUACAGCCAUUUUAAAAUAUGACAGCAAUUCAGCCAGAGCUAAUAUUUGGUCUAGUAGGUGGGUUGUUAAAAAGUGCAAGCAAAAAGGCUUUUACGUCUCAUUUUGUACCAGAAACAGAAAUAAUGCAAUAUCCUGAUAGAUCGAAAUGGUGCGAUUUAAAACAGAAAUGGCGCGGAUUUAGAAAAUGAAUGACGCGAUUUAGAACAGAUGUGAUACGGAGCAAAACAUAGUGUGAAUCGUGAAUGAAUCAUACUGCUAAGAGUCAAUCAGAUUGCAGGGAUCACCGGUUAUUUCAAAAUUCAUAUCAUGAAUACUAUCAUCAAAUUUUCUUAUAAGGGUAUGUUAAAUUUUUUUCAGGAUGUAGCGUCAGGAAACACUAAGCUGAAUAUGGCUUUUGUAGCCAACUUGUUCAACACGUAUCCAGCUUUGCUUCCUUUGACCAAUGAGAAAAUGGAGAGUCACGAGGACCACGAAGACCCCAAAAUGGAGACCAGAGAAGAGAGAAGUUAGUAAAUUCCGUAGAGUAAAAGUUUGUAAAUUUGACAACAGAUGAAGAAUCCUUGUUUUGACUAGCUCUAGUUUGAUAUUGUGAUUUUUCUAUUGUUAUUCAGUUUUGUGUAGCCUUUCAUUGAAAAACCGACACCCGGAACCUCAUGUUACUGCAUACCAAUAAUUACAAUUAAGAGGACAGCAUUGACGACAUAAGAUUUUUUACAAAUAGUUGGGCAGGUAGAUUGUCAGUAGAUAUUGCCUCAAAGAAUGGUUUCUGCCCUUCUUGAUUAGUCUGUGAGGUAACAAACAUGCAUCAACUCUGUUGUGGAUUUUGGAGGUUCUGAUCUGUAGGUCCGGGUUAAGCAGCAAGCCGAAUGGUCAAGGCCAAAACUCACUUGUGUGUCCGAAAUGUCACUCUCUACUAGACAGAAUGGGUCUAACGUCAGUUGCUUGUUAUUGUUCCGCCUUUAGUUUUUCAUUCUUGAUCUCUAGCUGAUUUCUUGCAUUCUUCCACGGGAGGACUACCAUCUCUUGAUUCUUACCCCUCUUCCUUCUCCUAUUCCUCCUCCUCCUCCUCGAUGUUAUCAUCGUCACCACCAUCAGCACAUGGUUAUCGCUGUUGGCGUUCAUUAUGAAAGUUGGCUUUUUAGCGUGCUUUUACAGUCCAGUCAGAUCAAGCGUACGAUCAAGAUUCCAUUAAUGAAUUUAUUAUUCCAAAGGUGAGCCAGUUGGUAGUAGAUUUAAGAUUCAUCUUUGCAUUCCUGUGUGCGUAAUGAGCAGUGAACUCACACGUGAGGUAAUCAUGAAAUUUCUACCGGUUCAAGUUUCUUGAAUGUGAUGUAAAUGACUUCGACACAAUUUUGUCCAUUCAAAGAUUGCCGAAAACAGAGAAUCAUCGUGAAAAUAACACUGCUAAUUACGCGUGCAGGAAUACAGAUUUGAACUUGAUACUUGUUGCGGCAAGGACUUAAAGAUUCAGCUUUCGAAUUCAUUGAUGAAAUCUGGGGGGAUACGCUUGACCAGGCUUGACUGUAAGAUGAAACAAAAUAUUCAGAUAUUGCCAUAAUUAUGUUCUUUGUAGCUUACCGUAACUGGAUGAACAGCAUUGGUGUAUCCCCUUAUGUGAGUCACCUUUACAAAGACCUCUCCAACGGACUGGUGUUGCUACAGGUAAAGGGUGAUCAUCUUGUUAAGUUGGUAGCUAAAUUGUUCGUCCCACUGAUCAAGUGAUUGAUUUAAUGAGUUGUUUUGAUGGACGGAUGGCUGAAUGGAUGGACUUAUGGAUGGGUGGCUAGGAAGAAGCACCUAAUGAUAAACAUUGAUUGAUAAUUAAAAAGUGUAUUCCAUCUAUGACAACUGGAAGGAAUGCGGUAUUGGCUGUGGUUGCAUGGAUGCAAUUGGGGUGACUCCCAUUUAUUAGGGAUGGGUAUGGUCGUCAGAAAACUACAAUCAAACCCCUAAAGGAGACCAAUAGGGGAGCGGUUCAAGCUUUCUUUGACUUUGACCCCCAAAGAAGACCAGUGAACACACUAUCAAAGCGUUUGUCUAAUAUAUAGAUAUUUCUUUACGCACAACCCUAAACAAGAGAGUCUGAACUCAUCAUUUCUUGUCGUUUAUGGUUAAAAAUAUUGUCUUGCGGUGCUGAAUGCUGAACACCCUUAGUUGAACCAAAAUCUUCAGUUUCUGCCCCUUCACGAGACGGUGAGAAUUCUUAUAUGCUUGGGGCUCCUCCGGCGGCAGGGGAAGCUGUUUUGAAACAGAAAAGUGAUUAAAAGUGAAUUGACAAAUGGAAAUCGUCAAUGGUAUAAAGGUCGUUGGAGUACGUUGAGGUUGAUUAACAUACAUUGAAAUAAAUGCCUUAUUGGUACUUAAUUUCGCCUGUCUUCAAUUGACGAAAGUGGAAAAUUUCCUGGAGCAGCGAAGUCUAAAAUGGCAGUCCUGCAGGUUUUUUUUCGAACUGAAUGACCCAAAUGGAAAGCCAAAGCUGCCUUGCUACCAGUUUUAGAAUUUUUUGACCCGUUUUUCGACAAAUGAGACUGAUUAACAGGUGUAAGCAAAUGACAAAGUUAACAUGACUCAGUCCCGAACAGGAUUCAACAAUCUUGUAGUUUGUUUAUCAUUCGUCCAAACCGUUACCAACCGUUAUCUGUUGUAGAUUUAUGAUCAAAUAAAGCCGGGAACUGUCAGUUGGGAUAAAGUAAACAGGCCCUCGUCAUUCAAGCAGAUGAGUGGGAUUGGAGGAAACAUGAAGAAAGUAGAAAAUUGCAAUUAUGCAGUGGAGAUUGGUAAAGACCAAAUGAAAUUUUCAUUGGUUAGUAUUGAAGGAAAGGAUAUUCAUGAUUGCAACGAAACCUUAACGCUUGGUAAGUAGCCAUCAAUUACGUUACUUUUAAAGACCUUUGCUCUCGUCACACAUACAGUGAAAUCGCGAUUUGGCGAAGCCCUACAAAACGAAAUCCCCAGAAUAACUAGCGAUAUUUUUCGCUUCACUGAGAGUAAAAUAUAUGGAAACGAACUUCGAUGCAACAAAAUCUUGUUGUCGCGAACAUUAUUUUGCCAGUCUCUUUUCGAGGUUUUACUGUAGUCGUCCCAGGUCUUUCAUAUCUCUGAGACUUGUUCCUUAUAAGGCGCUCAGGCCAUGCCUUCACGAAUCCGGACAUUUUUGUAACCGCAUAAUUUUUAUCUGGAUUCGUGUAGAAGCAGCCUUAAACCUCUCUGGAAUUCUAGAUGUCCGUUUUACUGAGGUGUUCGUCUUGUAGAAGUGUCCGUUACCUGAGAGAGCGUCGACUGUAUAUUUUCCACCAUUAUAAAAGAAGACCGCUUGUUGGUGUUAGCGAGAUCAAAUUUCCGUGAGAAUGAGUUUACCUCUCUGGACAAAGAUGUCUUUUUUACUACAGUCGUCUGUCCUCUACAAGACGGAGUGUCCGUAAAACGGAUAGAGGGUUAGUCCCGACUCUUUACCCCCUUUAUUUUCCUAUAAGACAGGCAUUAUAAAAUGGACAAGAGAUGGUCCCGCUUGUUCUUUGUUCCCUUUAUCAAAUUUCUAUAAGAAUGAGUUUAUUAAAUGGACAAAGAGUUCUUUUCCUGCCUUUCGACUCCCUUUAUUUGACUAUCUAUAAGACAGACACCUUUAUUAAAUGGACACCUAGAGUUGGUCCCUGCCUUUCUUUACUCCCUUUAUUUGACUAUCUAUAAGACAGACACCUUUAUUAAAUGGACACCUAGAGUUGGUUCCUGCCUUUCUUUACUCCCUUUAUUUGACUCUCUAUAAGACAGACACCUUUAUUAAAUGGACACCUAGAGUUGGUCCCUGUCUUUCUUUACUCCCUUUAUUUGACUAUCUAUAAGACAGACACCUUUAUUAAAUGGACACCUAGAGUUGGUUCCUGCCUUUCUUUACUCCCUUUAUUUGACUCUCUAUAAGACAGACACCUCUGUAAAACAGGCACCCAGAUUUGGUUCCUGCCUUUCUUUACUCCCUUUAUUUGACUCUCUAUAAGACAGACACCUCUGUAAAAUGGACACCUAGAGUUGGUCCCUGCCUUUCUUUACUCCCUUUAUUUGACUCUCUGUAAGACGGACGCUUAGUGCUGGUCCCAAAAGUGUCCGUCUUAUAGAGAGUUGACUGUAAAUGACUUUCGUAUCAAGUUGGUUCCCACGGGGCCCGGGUUGAAAUACAGCAAAUGUAGGGCUUUCCCCUAGGACAAGGGAAACUGCCCGUACUGUCAGGAGACAAGACAUCCGUAUUUAAGAGAGCUUCGACUGUACCUCGAACUCAGUAUAUAUUUUUUAUCUCUCUCAGCUAUUGUGUGGCAACAAAUGCGGGCAUACACAAUUUCCCGCUUACCUUCAAAGCCAGGUGGAGAACCCAUGAAGGAAGGAGAUAUUGUCGCGUGGGUCAAUGAAAAGGUCAGAUCAAAAACCAAUUCAUACCGUGUGCUGAAGGUCUUGUUUUUCUAACUGUAUGUUAAGGGCGUUACUAUCUUUCAGAUACAAACAUUAACGUUACGCUACUUGACAUUUUGUGCCUUUGCGCUAACCAAUGUACAUACUGUUGAAUUCUAAUAUGCGACGUUACUGUACAGCUGCACUGCACUGGAUUGCAUGGCAUGUCAUUACAUUGCAUUACAAAUACAUUACCUCACAAUACGUUACAUCAAAAAGGUCCAUGAUGGAUGAUGGGGCCGUCUGCCUUGGGCUUUCCACAUUGUUCGAACGCCGCGGUGAUGCUGUCAGUGCUCGAUUUUUGGAGCGGUUUUUAGGGAACUUUUAUUUUAAUUUACAAAACCAAGCGGUUUGCGGUAUUUAGAAAUCUUCAGGUAAUCUCAAUGCGGUUUUCUUAUGUUAUUCUGUGCGGUGUUUAUACGAAUUUCUGUGCGAUUUUUCGAUAUUCGUACCCCCCUUACUCCCUCCUCCACAUGCAUGCACGCAUGUUUUCUUUUUAACAAUACUGAUUCACAUAUCAGGAGGCUAGCUGCUAAUUACAUCUUUCAGGCAUUUGAAAGACGAAAGAAACAUAGUUAAUUCUACCAUUCCAUCAUACCUGUAUUUCCUUAAACUUAACUGUUUAUUAUUGUUAUUUUAAUCGGUAACACCUGUACAAAAUGGUAAUACUGAAUAAACUUGUUGUUGUUGUUGUUGUAUUUCCACAGAAACAAUUUCGCUUUUGCUUACUUACACUGUAGUUAUAAAACAGCUUUUGCUUUGUUCUUAAACAGACGUCAUCUUUUUCGGAAACUCCCCAUUUCUGAAGCCUCCUAUUCUUAUUUAUUUAGUGUGAAAGCGAUGCUAAAAUGCAUAUAAAUGGUCGAGUUUUAAAUAAACCAAAAAAAUAUAGGUUCCACGCGCCCGUUUAGUUAUUUGAUGAGCUGGGUAUUUUUAUUUUAGUUAUGCGCGUGCAUGCUUAGCUUGAUUCGUUCACAUAGUUUUCAAGUGUGGACGAUAUCUUAAAAUCGUUAAUACGCUUGGGCAUUGUACAAGGUUUGUACAUACAUAGUAAGGGGAUUUUAAGGGCUCUCCUUUCUCGUGAUUAAUUUGAUUAAUUUAUUAAUAAUACCAUAUUAGAUGCUGUCUAUCUGUUAUAGGGUGGCUGCGAAGAAUUUUUGCUUUGCGACCUAAAUGAGUUUUACUUUUACGUUUGUCUUGCAGUUAAAGAAAGCGAAAAAGUCCAGUAGCAUCAGCUCAUUUAAGGAUCCUGCCAUUUCUACCAGCAAGGCAGUUUUGGAUUUGGUUGAUGCUAUCAAGCCUGGUACCGUGAAGUAUGCCUUGGUGUCAGGGGGCAGGACGUAUGAAGUAAGGAAUAUCAUUCGCAUUCCUUAUUAAAUUCAGUAGGCAAGGUAGCCUGCUCCAGGCUCCAAGAUAGCGCAUCGAGAAAAUCUACACGAAAACCGCGUAGGGGCCGGGCAGCGACGGUGGAGUGGAGCCAGUAUGCCAGGAUGUCAGUAUGCCAGCUCCUGGUGUACCCAUUGAUUGUUUGGUCAAUUUUGAAAAUUUACGUCAACACUCACGCCAAACUCUUAGCUUGGCGCAGACAGAAGAGUCAAACAAACAUGGCUAGCGUGUGCAACCCUCCUAGGCGCGCAUACUUUGACUCGAGAAUCCCGGAACGCGCGGUUUUUUUUCUGAAAGUGGGUGGGAUAUAGGGCGCACUGAGGUAGAUUGAGGGUUACUCGAGAGCGAGACUCAAAACAUUAGGGCCUCUUACGAUUUGAAAUGGGAAGCGAUAAUUUUCUAAAUCCUCUUGGAUUUCUUAAAGCGUCUGGAAAAGGUUAGUUUUGAAGAAAUAUGUUUGAUGCAUGUCUGUUUGUUUAUAUGUCUUCAGUUCUUGCGAAUAAAACAUUAGUUAAGUCAGUGGCCAUUGUCUACAUUUUGGCAGUCAGGUAUGACUGCCUUAACACAUGAAUACUUCGAAAGACUUGCAGGAAAGAUCAUAACAAGUUUUAAAACAAACGUUGUGCUGGGAAGAAUAUUUCCCCCCUCCUUACAAUGUUUUCACUGGGAGAGAAGGGGGGGUAGGGGAAGAGCAAGAAAUGACGUCUUUGACAAAUUGUAAAAUGCUGUUAUUCUUGAUUAGGAGAAACUUGAAAACGCUAAAUACGCUCUGAGUGUGGCCCGAAAGAUAGUGACAACCUACGCCCUGCCUGAAGACUUGGUUGAAGUCAAACCGAAGAUGGUGUUGACAGUGUUUGCUUCUCUGAUGAAGACGGCCACGGUGAAAGACAAAAAUUAGGCUUUUAAUUAUUAGUGAAUACACCAAUUAAAUUGUAUGAAAAGAAUUGUUUUACAUAGUUCUGUUUCUUUGCUAUAAUUUAAAAGAAUAACUUAAAAGUAGUGUUUAGUGUUGUAACCGGGAAGGUUUUUUUGUUUUCGCCUUCUAUUUUCGUUUUUGUAAACUAGUGAAGAGGAAAUGUCGGCUCUUGUAUAAACCCUUUAGCCUGCAUGGCUGCUGGGAUUUAAGCUGACUUUGUGCCAAAGCUAUUGUUAUGGCGGCAAUAGAGUGGAGCGAAAAUCCAUUGCGGAUUUGUCAAUCACAACGUGCGGCGGAUCGAUGGCCGAAACCAAACCUCCAG